AUGGAACCAAGCAACAAUAUGACUUUCUUUGUCCUCUUGGGCCUCACACAGAACCCAGAAGAACAGAAAGUCCUUUUUGUGAUAUUCCUGUUCUUGUACACUUUAACCAUGGUGGGCAACCUGCUCAUUGUUGUGACUGUUAUUGUCAGUAGGAACCUGGACUCACCGAUGUACUUCUUUCUUGCUGGCUUAUCACUUAUUGAUGUACUUUAUUCCUCAUCUAUUUCUCCCAAAUUGAUUUCAGACUUGUUCUUUGGGAAACAUACCAUAUCUUUCAAAUUCUGUAUGACUCAACUCUUCACAGAGCACUUUUUUGGUGGGUCAGAGAUCUUUCUUCUGGUGGUAAUGGCCUAUGAUCGCUAUGUGGCCAUCUGUAAGCCCUUGUAUUAUUUGGUUAUCAUGAAGCAUAGAGUAUGUGUUAUAUUGCUGGUGGUGUCAUUGGUUGGGGGAUUUUUGCACUCAAUAGUUCAGCUUAGCACCAUAUAUAGGCUCCCGUUCUGUGGCCCCAAUGUCAUUGAUCAUUUUGCAUGUGACAUGUUUCCCUUAUUGGAACUCGCCUGUACUGACACCUAUGUCAUCGGCCUCUUAGUGGUGGCCAAUGGAGGAAUGAUUUGUACUAUUGUAUUUAUGGUCUUACUCAUCUCUUAUGGUUUUAUCUUGCAUUCUCUAAAGAACGUUAGUCAGGAAGGGAGAUGGAAAGCCCUCUCAACCUGUGGUUCCCACAUCACAGUGGUUGUCUUCUUUUUUGUUCCCUGUAUGUUCAUUAAUGUAAGACCUGCUAAAACAUUCUCCAUCGACAAGAAAUUGACUGUGUUUUAUGCAGUUAUAACCCCAAUGCUGAACCCAUUAAUUUACACACUGAGAAAUUCAGAGAUGAUAAAUGCUAUGAAGAAGCUCUGGAGAAGAAUAGUCAUACCGCAUAGUAAAUCAGUUUAA